AUGGUGUCCGAUGGUUUAUUUCUGAAACCGGUCGCUUUCAUUGGCGUACCAACCAAGCCUGAAUACAAGAGUUCUUCCAAAUGUGAAGUUAAGGAUUGUGUUCUUCACCCUUUACGCCUUAGCUUGUUCUUGGCUUUCAACAGGGCUUUAAGCGGUUUUCUAAUGAUGAUGACGCAAAAUGGAAAGUUAUUGUACAUAUCGGAUAAUGCUGCGGAGUACCUGGGCCAUUCCAUGGUGAGUGUUUUACAGGAGGACCUUUUAAUCCAUGGAGAUAGCGUAUAUGAUAUAAUAGAUAAGCAAGAUCACCAAGCGAUCCAAUGCGAAUUGGGACGGCCAGUAAAUACGGGGUCCAAUCCAAGUGAUGAAAUUCGGCUGUUUUUAUGUAGGAUGAAUGUUUCUAGGAAUGCUAGGCGACAAAUGAGGUUUGGAGACCAAAAGGUAGUUUUAGUUCAAGGAAGAUACCUCUCCUUUUUACCACUAUGUAGUCGCAAUGAACCAGUAUUUUUAGCAACGUGUACCCCGGUCGCCAUGCCUGAAACCAGGGAGUGUGUCGUUCAGGGUGCCACCAACGUAUUUACAUCCAUUCAUUCUAUGGACAUGCGGUUUAUCCAUAUCGAUACCAACAAAAGGAAUCGCUAUCUCCUGACAGAAUCUCCAUUCCUAAUUCCUGACGGGACUUUUACACAAUCGGAACAAGAACGCUCCUGCAUCUUACUAGCUCAGUUCCAAAGGAGAACAGGUGAGUGGAUGUGGAUGCACUGCGUGUUGCAGGUAAAAGAGAGCUCUGAAAGUAACCAACAGCCCGUAAUCGUGUGCACCAAUCAAGUACUAACCGACGCCGAAGCAGCUGUUAUGAGAACCAAUAGUUGGCUCUAUCAUUAUUAUUCUGUACAAAAUAAAUUGCAAUAUGGUCUUACCUAUGACGUUGGACCUUCUUCACGUCUGUUGUAUUAUCCUGAACAUACCCAAACGCCGGAAUUUGCAACGACGCACGAUGCGAGUGGGUAUGCGCACCUCACGGCAAUGCCCACACCAAUGCAAACCCAUUUAACUCACCAUCCGGCUUCUACGCAUGCCCAUCACAACCAGCACCAUCAUCAUCACAGACGUGCUGAUUCUGAACCUGUAGACUACUCUUAUAGCAAAAGAAAACCCAAAGAAUUACAAAAUUUACAAUUAGAAGUUACAGAUCAUGAAAUCACCGACAGCGAAGGAGGUAGCAGCGGGUUGCUGGUUAUAUCCCAUAUGUCAGAGCGGCCACGCACCCUACUUAAAGUAGAUCCUAGUGAAUUAAUGGAUCAAUGGAACCCUAGUCCACCUUGGUCCGAUACUUUACAAAAAGUACCGGAUCUCUGCCACCAAGAACUUAGUCCGUACAUAGGCAGUGCUCCUCCCACCCCUACAGCCACACCAAGCAAUCAAACUAGUGCAUUUUCUUUCGACUGGAUGCCAGAGCAGUAUGUUCCAUCAUUAGCAGCCGUAGCCUCGGUAGAUGAUGGAGAAAGACCUAUCUACUGGCCGACUGAACAUAGACUGUUUCCCCUACAACCUCCACCAAAAAGAAACCACGGACCAGGGAGGUCGGAAUCAGUAGAUAGAGACACACCUUAA